GAGCAUGGCCAACCUUGCUUUCACGUGGAAUAGUCAAGGUCGACAUGAAGAUGCCCUAGCGUUGAUGCAAGACUGUGUUGAGGCUCGGCAGCGAGUCCUUGGGCCUGAGCAUCCUGACACGCUGUCGUCCUUGGCUACUGUGUCGAAAUGGAGUAGCUAGGCUCAUCUUAAUUCUUCUUACUAUAUAGUGCAAUCUAAAGGCCUCUAUUCAGUUACAUAUAAAACUACCGUAAAAGUAUCUACUGGGG